UGCAGGAAGCAUCUGCAGAGUUCAUACGUGGCACCGGAUGGGUUCUGCGUGCCUCGGAGUGGUCGCCGUCUAGAGUAGAGAAAUGUAACAAGCCGUAAAGUCGGGCAGUUAAUAUUCGGAGGAUUGCAGAACGGUCUCUUGUCAUCUUACCCUGCGAAAUUCUUGCUGCCUCUCAAGUUGAUCAUUUGUCUUGGGGAUAUUUUUACACGGCUCCUCACUCCUUGGGAGGGGUCGUGCGAGAGACCAAAUUAAAUUUGUUUGCAGAAGCGGUGGGCUGCGGGCCCCUUUUUUUAAAUUUGGAUCUUGCGGCAUGUUUCUGUUAAUGGGGAGAGGGGUGGGAUCAGGGGCUAGCUCUUUCGGUGACCUUGAGUCACUAGAGCUGGCAUUCCUUUGAUGAGGCGGCGCGGGAGAUUGGCAGGCACAGCUGUGCCAAUAGUUGGGGGCUGGGGCGAAAUCCAGGCGUCUCGCUUAACCGGGCUUCUGCGUUUCCACUUCCAGCCUGAGCUUCCUUGCGUUUUCCUCGUAGCGACUCCAUGCUUGUCCAGUUGCGAGUUGAAAAAUCACGAGCGGCCGACUCCAAAGUGAUGCUUCCUCAGUGGCUUUCGCACCGGCCUCGUGAAUAACCUCUAUUUUUCUUGGGAUCUAUGGAUCGGGUCUUCUCGUGAGCCCAAAGUUGGCCUUUUUCCCCCUCCUUUGGUAGGCGUUCUCCUUGGCAGUGUGCUGGAUCUGCAUAUACACGGGAUUAUAUGAGCCUUCUCGGUACAGGGAUGGGGCAGGACCAAACCAAACAGCAGAUACAGAAGGGACUCCAACUCUACCAGUCUAACCAGACGGAGAAAGCUCUACAGGUUUGGACUAAGGUGCUGGAGAAGACCACCGAUGCCACUGGCAGGUUCCGCGUUCUUGGGUGUCUCAUAACGGCUCAUUCUGAGAUGGGACGGUACAAAGACAUGUUAAAGUUCGCAGUUAUCCAGAUAGACACGGCUCGAGAACUGGAGGAUCCGGACUUUCUGACGGAAAGCUACCUGAACCUGGCUCGGAGCAACGAGAAACUCUGUGAAUUCCAGAAGACCAUUUCCUACUGCAAGACCUGCUUGAACAUGCAAGGGACUUCGGUCAGCCUCCAGCUCAACGGCCAGGUCUGCCUGAGCCUCGGGAACGCUUACCUGGGCCUGAGUGUCUUCCAAAAGGCGUUGGAGUGCUUCGAGAAGGCCCUGCGAUACGCACAUAACAACGACGACAAGAUGCUGGAGUGCAGGGUCUGCUGCAGCCUAGGGGGUCUCUACACACAGCUCAAGGAUUUAGAAAAGGCUCUGUUCUUCCCGUGCAAGGCAGCCGAACUGGUCAACGACUACGGGAAGGGAUGGAGUCUCAAAUACCGGGCGAUGAGCCAGUACCACAUGGCCGUGGCUUACCGGAAGCUGGCUCGUUUAUCUGACGCAAUGGAGUGUUGCGAGGAGUCCAUGAAGAUAGCUCUUCAGCACGGGGACCGACCUCUGCAAGCUCUCUGCCUCCUCUGCUUUGCAGACAUCCACAGAAGUCACGGCGACAUCGAGAAAGCCAUUCCUCGGUAUGAUUCUUCCAUGAGCAUUAUGACGGAGAUCGGUAACCGGUUGGGUCAGAUCCAUGUUCUGUUGGGAGUGUCUAAGUGUUGGCUGCUCCAGAAGGAAAUGGAAAAGGCUCUGGAUGGCCUCCAGAAAUCUCAGGAGUUGGCAGAAGAAAUAGGCAAUAAGCUCUGUCUGAUGAAGGUCCACUGCCUGUGUGAAAUCAUAUACCGCACGAGGCAACAACAAAGGGAGCUCCGUACACACGUGGUGCGGUUCCACGAGUGCGUGGAGGAGAUGGAGCUAUACUGUGGCAUGUGCGGAGAAUCAAUUGGAGAAAAGAACUGCCAGCUCCAGGCUCUGCCCUGUUCUCAUGUCUUCCACCUCAAGUGUCUCCAGACCAACGGAACUCGUGGCUGCCCAAACUGUCGUCGUUCCUCCGUGAAACCUGGCUUUGUGUGAACGAGGCGGUUUCUGAGCUGAUCUUUCGAUGUACCCCGCGGUGACGUAUCUCCAAGGACCAGUUAUGAAGGAGCAGCUGGCCUUGUCUCUCCAGGGCUGGUGUUAAAGCUCCGGUCUCGGUCCAGAGGCGAAGACUCUUGGUGGUGAAGCUAGUAGGGUGGAUUCACCGCCAUACCUUUCUGUUGUCCAAGAGGACUGGCCGGCUAAACCCAGAUGCCAGAAGGUUCCACAGCAUGCGUGAAGAAGAGCUGUUUUUUUAUUUUAAUUAUUAAUAUUAUUAUUAUUUUAUACAUCAAGGUGCAGUCUAACUUCCAAAACAUUUAACGAGAUAAGCAAUGCAAUGUCUUUUCAUACCCUUAUAAGGCGAUUUCUUAUUUUAAUGCUGUUAUUCCGUUUUUUUACUACACACACUGGGUAUAUUCUUGCCUGUUUUUGUAUCUGUUUCCACCACCAUUACUGGGAGGCUGCUUCAUGCAUGAACUCUUCCUUCAGAAAGAGUUUCUAAUAUUUUCUACCUCCCUAUACAUAGAUUUAUCAUAUGUCGUCUUGUUUUAAUAUCGACUGUAGUUUGUACUUUAUUUAUGAACCGCAAGUCUGUAUAAAUUGCUUUUAAACUCUGUAGAAUUUCAAGGUCGCCUAAUGACCUAUGGACCAUCACAAAGCUCUUUACAAGCGGAUUAUUGUGCUCACUAAGCAGGGAUACUACUAGCCUAUCCGAUAAGGCAAAUAAGUAUAAAAAAAAAAGAAUAAGAAAUGAUUGCUUGAAUUUAUUAUAUAUUUUUUAUUUUUAUUUUUUUUUUGCAUUUAUAAAUGUUAUUUUCUAUGUGCGUGAAACUAUCUGAUUUGCGACAAGUCGUGAACCGGGAAUGUAGUAGGAAUGAUGUAGAAUUUUUUCGGCAUUUGCCUUCUGCGACCUGCGGUAAAUAAAGCACCCUGUUGUAA